AUACUUCUCUUCUCACAGACCCUUUUGUCAAGGCCGUGACCGUGAUUGACCCACCACCCAUUGAGCUGCACCUUCUUUGGUCAAAGUCUUCCUCUUCCCUCUCUUCCCUCCCUCCUCAAAAACCAAACUGGGGAGCUUCUGUUGAAGCACCCAACCCAAAAAUGACCCUUUACCUCCGCCUUCUGCUUCUCUCUCUCUUCUGUCACCUAUUCCUAACCAAACCCAUCUCCGCCGCCGCCGCCACUAUCCCACUCGCCUCUUCUCUCUUCGCUUCCAAUCCCAAUAAAACCUGGUCCUCCCCCGACUCCUCCUUCUCCUUCGGCUUCUUCCCCUCCGACCCACCCACCUUCCCCCCUUCCUUCACCGCUGCCGUCGCCUACUCCGGCGGCCUCCCCAUCUGGUCCGCCGGCCCCUCCGUUGACUCCGCCGGCGCCCUCCACUUCCUCUCCUCCGGCGCCCUCCGCCUCGUCGACGGCUCCAACCGCACCGUCUGGGACUCCAACACCGCCGGCCGCGGCGUCUCCUCCGCCCAGAUCGACGACUCCGGCAACCUCGUCCUCCGCAACGCCACCGCCGCCGUCUGGUCCAGCUUCGACAACCCGACGGACACGAUCGUGCCGUCGCAGAACUUCACUGUGGCUAAGGUUCUGCGAUCGGGUGUGUAUACCUUCAAGCUCAUAGAGAAUGGGAAUCUGACUCUGUUGUGGAACGAUACUAUUGUGUAUUGGAAUCAAGGGUUGAACUCCUCUGUUACUAGCAAUACUCCUAAUUUGACUUCUCCUAGCUUAGAGUUGCAGCGUAUUGGGAUUUUGACCAUUUCUGAUCCCAAGCUGGCCACGGCUGCUAUUGUUGCUUAUAGUAAUGAUUAUGCCGAGGCCGGUGAUAUUCUUAGGUUCUUGAGGCUUGAGAGUGAUGGGAAUGUGAGGAUUUAUAGCUCUGCUAAAGGUAGUGGGACGAAAACUGAGGGAUGGGCAGCUGUUACUGAUCAGUGUCAAGUGUUUGGCUACUGUGGGAACAUGGGAAUUUGCAGUUAUAAUGAUUCCAAUCCCAUAUGUGGCUGCCCUUCUCUCAAUUUCGAGGCUGUGGAUCCCAAGGAUAGCAGGAAAGGGUGUAAGAGGAAGAUGGAGAUUGAGGAUUGUCCUCAGAGUGUGACUAUGUUGGAUUUGGAUCAUACUAGGUUCUUGACAUACCCUCCUGAGACGGAUUCGCAGAUUUUCUCUGUGAGUAUAUCAGCUUGUAUAUUGAACUGUCUUGUUAGUAAUCCUUGUGAUGCUUCAACGGCUUUGUCAGAUGGCACAGGGAUGUGUUACUACAAGACACCGGGUUAUCUCAGCGGGUAUCACAGUCCAGCUUUGACUAGCCGUUCUUUUAUUAAGGUUUGUGGACCAGUGAUUCCAAAUCCGCCCUCUGUGGUGGAUGGUGCUGGUAAGAAAAAGGGUUGGCAGAUGAAGGCUUGGAUAGUGGUUCUUGUGGUUGUAGCUUCCCUUCUGGGUUUGAUGGCAUUGGAGGGUGGUCUGUGGUGGUGGUUUUGCAGGAACAGUCCAAGCUUUGGUGCAUUGUCCGCUCAAUAUGCUCUACUUGAGUAUGCUUCAGGCGCGCCAGUUCAAUUCUCAUACAAAGAACUCCAGCGUGCUACCAAGGGAUUCAAGGAGAAGCUUGGAGCCGGAGGAUUUGGAGCUGUUUAUAAGGGAAUUCUUGCUAAUAGAACUGUUGUUGCAGUAAAGCAACUUGAGGGGAUUGAGCAAGGAGAAAAGCAGUUUAGGAUGGAGGUUGCAACAGUUAGUAGCACUCAUCAUUUGAAUCUUGUGAGGCUGAUUGGUUUCUGCUCAGAGGGCCGUCAUAGGCUCUUAGUAUAUGAGUUCAUGAAAAAUGGGUCCCUUGAUGAUUUCCUUUUUGCCACAGAAGAGCAGUCAGGAAGAUUCUUAAGUUGGGAGAACCGGUUCAAGAUUGCACUUGGCACCGCAAGGGGGAUCACAUACCUUCACGAGGAAUGCCGAGACUGCAUUGUGCAUUGUGAUAUAAAACCAGAGAACAUUCUCUUGGAUGAGAGUUACAAUUCCAAAGUAUCUGAUUUUGGCCUCGCAAAGCUUGUUAAUCCAAAGGACCACAGGUACCGAACUUUGACCAGUGUUAGAGGGACUAGAGGUUAUUUAGCACCAGAAUGGUUAGCAAAUCUGCCAAUAACUUCUCAAUCUGAUAUUUAUAGUUAUGGUAUGGUUCUGUUAGAGAUAGUUAGUGGGAGGAGGAAUUUUGAAGUUUCUGAAGAAACAGAUAGGAAGAAGUUCUCCAUAUGGGCCUACGACGCAUUCGAGAAGGGUAAUGUCAUGGGAAUCAUCGAUAAAAGGCUAUCUGGCCAAGAUGUUGAUAUGGAUCAAGUGAUUAGAGCAAUCCAGGUGACGUUCUGGUGCAUACAAGAGCAGCCAUCUCAUAGGCCAAUGAUGGGAAAAGUUGUACAAAUGCUGGAAGGAAUUACAGAGAUGGGAAAACCCCCAUCUCCCAGGGCUAUCAUUGAAGCGCCCACAAUUGAAGGCCCUGUUAGUGGAACCAGCACUAGUCUUGUAGCUCCCUCCUCUAUUUCAUCAUUUCAAAGUUCUGGAGUGUUGCCUUCUACACCAGCUAGCAACAUGGAGAAGGCUACCGUAUCACUUAUACAGUCAGACCUGAGUUGAUCUCAUUUCGACAUGGUCUGCAUGGUAGAACCAUUUUUGGAUAUGAAUUCAUUUCCGUAGAGCAGGAAAGCCAGAUAGUAAUGUGUUCCCCCAUCUAAGAAUAAGGCGUGAUUUUUCGUGUGCUAUCCUGUAGAACUAGAUUACUUUUACUCUGUCCAUUUAUAGAACUAGAUUUAGCAGUUAUGAAAUAUUUGUAAUUACGCACAAUGAGUGAUGAGUGAAAUUGAUCAUCGUUGUUAUCAUCCUUAACAAACCUCAUAUAUUCCCCAUUUGAUUUUGUAGAAUCUGCAUGUACAACUUCCUGGUUGCUACCCUUGAGUGUAUGAUGGAUUACACAGUUUACACUGAUGAAAGUGCUGGAUCGAACGAGAUGGAUUUGACCGUUUGCAAAGUGCAAUGAAAUCUUUCACUGGAUGGUUUCAGCUUGUUUCAUGGCGUCUUUAUUAUGUUCUUGAGGUUUCUGGUUCGCUUAUGCAAGUUGUUUCAGCUCCUCCUUUCCUUGCGUCUUUGUCAACAUCACUUCCAUCUCUG